AUGCUGGACGCCCAACAACCACCUACACCGCUAGUGCCGCCCCCUUCCUACUAUGGUCCUCCUGUCCUCGACACAGAUGUCGCUUCGUGCAAAUCGACCGAUACCACAACAUGCGCUCUUGGGGUCAGCGCAUCUACCAGCGCUGGCUACACCAUUACUAUGGGUGGUGGACUGACACUCGAUCUGCCUAAAAUCGGCUCAAUAGCUUUCACCCCUUCAGUGAGCUACUCUUACACAACGACAGAGGGGACCAGUGACGGUGUGAAUUGUCCCGAGGGAGGCUAUACCUGUGGCAUGACCUCCGUUACACCAUGGCAAACUAUCACGGAUAACCAGCAUAGCUGUGGUGGCGGCGGAUGGCCGGCUUGCAAGCCUUGUGGUGACGAUGCUUAUUCCAUUAGAGUCCCGGCGCAAACAGCUGAGAUCAGCUGGGCGGCUUGCAUCGCUAGUGAUUCGCUGAAUCAGAAGACCGGCCCGAAUUUGGAGAAGUGUCCGUAA